AUGAGACCAGACGACGCGAACGAAUCGACCCAGCUCAAGCAGCGAGUUACGACCAUCGUGCUCGCUGUGCUGGCAGUCGUUUUCGUGGUGCUCAGGUUGACAGCGCGCCGGAUGAAGAGAAUGGCGUGGGGGAUGGAUGAUUACACGUUGAUUGCCGGAUUGGUUUUUGUGGUGGCUGCUGCAGCAGUCAAUCUCGCCUGCGUCCACUCUGGCCUGGGCCGACACGGCUUCACCCUCUCCGGGGCUGAGCGACUAGCCAUGUACAAGGUAGGGCUCAUGCAACAACGGGAAAGCGAUGGCCUCACUGACAACUAUGGACAGUUGAUCUUCGCCUUCGAACCGCUCUACCUCGCCGCCAUCGCAACCAUCAAAAUCUCUGUCCUCCUCAUGUACCACCGCAUCUUCCCUGUCCGCACCACCAAGAUCGGUGGGUAUAUUUUGGGAGCCAUCACUAUCGCCUGGAUGAUAUCCGCCGAAUUCGUCGCUAUCUUCCAGUGCAUACCCGUAGCUGCCUCGUAUAUACCCCGUCUUCCCGGCAAGUGCAUCAACAACAAAGCCGCGUUGAUCGGUAUCGGUGUGCCAAAUUUUGUGACGGAUAUCUUUAUUCUGGCGUUACCGGCACGUCUUAUUUGGCGGCUGCAGGCGAGCUUGUGGCAACGCGUGUCUAUUCUCCUGGUGUUCCUGAGCGGAAGUUUUGUCGUUUUUGCAAGCGUCUACCGCUUGAUCCUCAUGUUCAAUUACGAGAUCUCCGACAUCGCCUGGACUCUCGCUCCCACCGAAACCUGGUGCGUCGUCGAAGCGGCCGCGGGCGUCAUCUCGGCCUGUCUGCCUACCAUGGUGCCACUUUUCAGGUCCUGUACGACUGCGUUCGUCUCGACUGUCCGUUCGUCGUCCAAGUACGGCAAUAGCCAGUCUGGCACUGGAGCUCUCGCGGCAGAAUCGAACAACGCUGAGAGAGGCUGGCAUCGGACGGGUGAAGGGAAUUAUCCGCUGGGACCUGUCGGGCCUAGUAAUAUGGGGAGCCGUUCGCCGCAUGCCCAAGGGAAAGGGUGGACGAUGAUUGGAACAGAUGGUAAUGAGAGUGAUUGGUGA